UGACACCGGGAAACCCGUACGCUCGCGCUCAGUUUACCGGCGUUUGACCCACGAGCGCUCCGAGUCCGGCGUUUUUUAACGGUUUAACGGACGGAACAGCGACUGUACCCCCAGCAGAGAUGUGGUGUCUGAGCGGGCUGUCGGUGGCCCUCGCCCUCGCUCUCGCUCUGGUGCCCGGACCCGCCGGAGCCCUGAAGGGGGGAGAGUGUGAAGUUUGCGUGACCUUCCUGGGGAAGUUCUAUCAGCAGCUGCAGGACGACAAUGUGAAGUUCACCAGCGGCGACAUUGAGAAGGCCAUCAUCAGGAGCUGCAGAGACGCCAAAGGCAAAGAAAACCGCUUUUGCUACUACAUCGGAGCAACCAGCGACGCUGCCACCAAGAUCAUCAACGAGGUCUCCAAGCCACUCAGCUUUCAUGUCCCUGUGGAGAAGAUCUGUGAGAAGCUGAAAAAGAAGGACAGUCAGAUCUGUGAGCUCAAAUACGACAAACAGCUGGAUCUGACCACGGUGGACCUGAAGAAGCUGAAGGUGAAGGACCUGAAGAAGAUCCUGGAGGAGUGGGGCGAGUCCUGCAAAGGCUGCGCCGAGAAGUCCGACUUCAUCCGCAAAAUCACCGAGCUGAUGCCCAAGUACGCGCCGGCGGCCGCCAGAGCACGGACAGAUCUGUAAACAAACAAACAGACAAUCACAACAACAACAACCUGGGACCUGAUCUGGAUCCAGGAGGAGCUUCUGUUCCACGAGGAUCCUGCACAGAUUCAGAGCUUUAGAUGUUUAAAACCGAGGAGUCGAAACAUUUCUUUAGAUUCUUAUUAAACUCGAUUCUAAUUCUGGAGGAGCUGGAGAGGAUUUAGCUUGUUUAGACGACAAGGAACGAGAUGGAAACAUCCAGAAAUCAAACCAGAGCUGCUCACGGAUGAUUCGACUUCUUUAAAUCCGACUAAACGUACAGAUUUGUUCCUUUAUGAGACGUUUUCCACUGCAGGAACUUCUCUUAUCACCUGUAGAUUUUUUUUUUUUAAAGUGUCAAAUUCACCACUUAUGCUACAAAACAAACUUCAGCUGUUCUGUUUUCUACCCAGAACUGGAGCUCCAUCUGAUUUCUGCCGUUUUCUCUGAGUUCCUGCAGCGGAAAACCAUCAGAUCGAUUAAAAACAAUCAUACACAGCUGAAUUUGUCACUGAUUUCUGCUGAGAAAAUGGAGAAAAACUGGAUUAAUAUGAGUUUAAAUGAAAGAAGGAGCCGCUGGUUUGGAGGUUUAGUCGUCUUCUGGGGGAUUCAGGAGUUUAAAUCAUGUUUAGUGAAGUUUUUCUGCCACUUCUGGUGUCGGAGGAUCAACGUGGAUGUUCUGAAUUAGUUUUUGGGAGUUCGACGACAACCUGUAGAGUCAGAAAAUGGGAAAACGGCACCUGAAUCCACCUUUCAGCGCCUCAGAUUUAACAUAUAAGCCCUCGUUUGUUUAAUCUGAACCAAAAUUUGUCCAAAAUACGAGUUUAAAUGAUCUGUAGGAGCCGCUAGUUUGGAGGUUUAGUCGUCUUCUGGGGGAUUCUGGAGUUUAAAUCAUGUUUACUGAUGUUUUUUUUUUUUUUGCCACUUCUGGUGUCAUUGGAUCAAUGUGUGGAGGCAGAAACUGUGAAAACCAGUGACUGAAUCCACCUUUCAGCUCCUCAGAUUCAACAUAUUAGCUCUCGUUUCUUUAAUUUGCACCAAAAUUUGUACAAAAAAAGUAAAAACGCCAGAAAACGUCGACCUUGAGGCGUCCCACGUAUCAUUUUGCACAAAAAUCCAACAGACAUGGAGGAGUUUUCUUCAUCUGUCAGCAGAGUUAGAGGAUAUUUAUUCAGGUUUUCUUUUUUUAAGAGACUUCUUGUUUUGUUUCUGAUCUCUGAUUGUUGUUUGUUCUGAAUCCUCCUCCAUCCUUGCUGAGUUCAGGCUACAGAUGAGGAAAAACUGGUCAGGGUUUCAGCUGAACGUCGGGAAUCGAGCUGCAGACUCUGAAGGGAAACAGACGGUUUGUUCGUCUCACUCUGACUUUUCAUGUUGUUACCGCUGUACUAUUCUACUUUUUCAUUAAAUUAUGAAAAACUC